GCAAAGCGGAAGUGGUGUAAUCGUCUUCUCAUCUUGAGCCAUGCUUGAAUGGAGGUGACCUUAGUUAUUAUAACAUUGUUAAGUACAGACACUUGGGGAGAGCUUUGCAGAUACACGUCGUAAGUCCGGUUUAGAUGCUAAACUUGUUGUAAAUUUUAGCGAAGAGGUUGCUGAGUGAGCAGGACGGACAGAGAUGGCAGAGGCACAUCAGGCACGCAUGCAGACUGUGGUGGAAGACAUGGUCCAAAGCCUGGAGAGGGAGCACAUCCGUAAAAUGGUCGCAUGUUCAGCUGCAGUGCACAGUGCUGUGAUCGCUCCACAGACUCCAUGUCUCAGGUGCAUCAGUGUAUCGAGAGGUGUCACACUCCUCUGGCCAGAGCUCAGGGACUGGUCACCUCAGAGCUGGAGAAGUUUCAGGACCGUCUGACCAGAUGCACGAUGCACUGCAACGAUAAGGCAAAGGAUCUCUUUGACUCCGGCGCCAAGGAGCCAGCCGUUCGGUCACUGAUGGAAGGCUGUGUGGGCAGCUGUGUCGACGACCACAUUAACCUGAUCCCGAGCAUGACCCGAAGACUCAAAGAGAAUCUGGACUCUAUAGAGAAGUGAGGGUGGCUGUAGUCCGUGCUGUAAACAGCCUGAGCUCUUUACACACCCAUACAGCACUCAGCCAACUCGACCGGGAACAGCUGAAGAAUUAGAGGGCUGGAACACCAUGAAAGGGUGGGGAGAGUUAAGUUUAAUUAAAAUGGAUCAUGUGAUGCAAAAGAUAGUUUUGACAAGUUUUAGAGCCUAUGACUCUGAAUUUCGGUGUUGUGGAGAUUUAAAACUGCUCACUGAGAUGUGCUAGCAUACUAUGUGUGAUCUACAAACUAACCUCCCCAGAGACUGGGAGCUGACGGCAAGAAAAAUCCAGUGAUGCACCUGGUGUCACAUUAUUGCGUAUGAACAAGAUUCUAGCUCCAAAAUGCUUUUAAGAGUGCAUUUGUUUUAAACCAUCAUGGUUUACAUGGUGCAUCUAUUCAUGCAUAACGUUGUACAUGUCCUUAACUCUUCUCUGCCAUAUUUAAUUUGAAGUUUCUCUCCAAUAUGAGCCCUCUCAUCCCUCAUUGUUGUUUUUGUUGUCAUUGAAUUUUUGAGUUCUGUAAUUGUCUGACCUCAUGGUGAGAUAUGUUUAUAUCUGAAUUAAAAGUACUGUAGCUGUA